CAUGUGGUCUGGCUCAGUCUGAGCGAAAUGAUCAACCUGACAAGGUGUCUCGUUUGGCUUGUGGCGGGCUGUUUGGUGUUUUCGGUGGAAAGCUAUGAACCAAACUGGAAUUCUUUGGACCAAAGGCCUUUGCCGGACUGGUACGAUGACGUGAAGUUUGGAAUCUUCAUUCACUGGGGCGUGUUCUCCGUGCCUAGCUUCGGUUACAAGGGCGCGGGACAGGCGUCGGGAGAAUGGUUCUGGUGGAUGUGGAAGGGGAACAAAGUGAAGCAGUACAUCGACUUCAUGGAGGAGAACUAUCGACCAGGAUUCUCCUACGCCGAUUUCGCUCCCCAGUUCAGAGCGGAGUUCUUUGAACCCGACAGAUGGGCAGAAAUAUUCCAAGCAUCAGGAGCCAAAUAUGUUGUGCUGACCUCCAAGCACCAUGAAGGAUUCACCAACUGGCCUUCCCCCGUUUCUUGGAACUGGAACUCCAUGGAUGUGGGACCUCGGCGGGACCUUGUGGGUGAGCUUGCAGCUGCCAUUCGUAACAAGACAGAUAUCCACUUUGGUCUCUAUCAUUCCCUCUUUGAGUGGUUUCACCCUCUCUACCUGCAGGAUAAGGCGAAUAAGUUUUCUACCCAGGAAUUUGUAGCUAGGAAAACGAUGCCAGAGUUAUACGAGAUAAUCAAUGCUUACAAGCCAGAAGUUAUUUGGUCUGAUGGCGAUUGGGAAGCAAAUUCAUCAUACUGGAACUCCACAGAAUUCUUAGCAUGGCUCUACAAUGACAGUCCUGUGAAGGAUGUCGUUGUGACCAAUGACAGGUGGGGUAGUGAUGCGACGUGUCAUCAUGGAGGCUACCUCACCUGUGCAGAUCGUUAUAAUCCAGGAACUCUGCAGAAGAGGAAGUGGGAGAAUGCCAUGACUAUUGACAAAGACUCAUGGGGAUAUCGGCGUAAUGCUGAUCUCAGUGAAUACCUGACCAUGGAAGAAGUGAUUAGUACUCUUGUUAUCACAGUCAGCACUGGGGGAAAUAUGUUGAUGAACGUGGGACCCACAGCUGCGGGGAGAAUUAACCCUAUCUUUGAAGAGAGACUUCGCCAGACUGGCCAGUGGCUAGGGGUGAACGGGGAGGCCAUAUACAAGACAAAACCCUGGGCAUUCCAGAAUGACACAGUCACACCUGGGGUCUGGUACACGUCAGGUAAAGGUGACAACACAGCUGUGUAUGCCACUGUCCUCUCCUGGCCUAAGGGAGGUAGUCUCUACCUGGAUGCCCCAAACAGCACCUCCUCUACCACCGUCUCCCUGCUGGGCUACACUGGUACAUUCUCCUGGACCGCAGCAAACCCCCGUGGUAUUCACAUCACUAUACCAGCAAUUUCCAUAGACCAGAUGCCAUGUCAGUGGGCAUGGGUCUUCAAACUUGAGGGACUGAAGCAGGAUGAGGGCCGUAAAUGUGAAAAUGGAAUUUUUUGAGGUCUUUUUGUUUGAGCAGCAUAUCCAGGAUAUGUUAAAAGUGUUGAAAAGAGAAGUAGUUCAAGUAGUAAAUUUCCAUUUCACCUGUCCCCUAGUUCAGGUGGAUAACUGGCUGGCUGACGGUAUGGGCUGAAGAUGAAAAUGCAAUGGAAGAACUUUUUAUCUGCAUGUACUAAAACUGGUCUGGACUGAAAGAUACUUAUAUGUACUCUUACAACUUACAACUAUUUGGUAACUUAGAUAGUGAAAUUAACAAAGGUGUACAAACUUUUUAUAGCCAUGUUCCAGUGAAAAAAGAAAGCAAUGAAAAGCUUAAAAUGAAGUUCUGUGCUCAAAUUCUGUACUACAUGUGUAGGUAGUGUUAUGAUGUUUGCAGGGUAUUGUUCUGAAUUCAGUCAUCAUGAAUCAUCUCUCCGUGUACAAUCACACCAUGUUACUGUAGAUAGAUUUAUGGAGAUGUAUUAUUUACGGAACUGAUGAGUAUAAUAAAUGAUUUUAUAUCAUAAAUCGUGUAUUGACUGGCUACGGUGUAAUUUCCUACAUGUAAAUUUUUACCACAAUUCUGUGUAAUGCGCAGUAUGGCCAUGCUGAUCAGUGACAAUUUUUUAUUUUUGUAAACAUGAUUGUUUGUCACACAAAGAAUAUUUACAUCUAUUUACAUGUAUUUUGAAAUAUAGUAAUGAAAUAAUACCUGAAUUUUAAUUGUGCCUUUUGGCCAGUUUGGGUGAUCUGGUUUUGUGAUAAGAUACAAGGCAACAAUGUACACUUUGUAUCAAGACUGUCCUGCAUAAUCAAAGGUCAGAUAGCCGUACUGUUUUAUCUCUGGUAUAACGUGACAUGGUGGACUCUUGUGACAGUGUCACAAAACUCAACCGCAGAUAUUGUUCUGUGACAAGGCUGUCAGAUGUACUCGUUGUCUCACAACUGGUUUAAGGGGAUAAAACUAUAAAUACUCUGUAUGAAUUUGUUAAUUUUUGGUUGAAUAAAUUGAUUACU